AUGUCCCGUAGCCUGCAUUGUCCUGACGCCAAGGGGGGCGACAGCCCCGCAGCCCCGGAGGACCCUCCAGCCGCCGAGGACCCGCGCAGUCCCUCGCAGCCGGCGCUCCCUCAGCUCCCGCGCCGCCCGCAGCUGCUGGAUGAAGACGCGGGACCGGACGAGGAUGGAGCCGCGGCCGCAGAGGGCAGCGAUCCGGUCCGGGGGGACCCAGAACCCGCAUCUGCGUCGAGCGAGGCAGGACCCAUGCCCAAGGCCACCGGCGGCACCGUUCCGCCCAUCGGCUUCGUGGGCGAGCCCCCGCCCUACGCGCCGCCGGACCCCAAGGCAGUGGCGCUGCUCUACCCGCCCUUCCCGCACGUGCCGGUGCUGUUCCAGCCGGCGCCCGGGCCCGCCGCACUCUACCCGCCGCCGCCUGGCCCGCUCUUCCCACCCGCCGCUGCUGCCGGAGCCUCCUUCCCCUUCCCGGCGUAUGGCAGCCCCAUGGCCGGUGCGCCUGGCCCCAUGCAGGUGGAGCACAGGCCUCUGCCCAAGGACUUCAUGAUGGAGUCGGUGCUGGUGACCCUGUUCUGUUGCCUGCUCACAGGGCUUAUUGCCAUUGUGUACUCCCAUGAGACUCGAGCAGCCCUGGGCAGGGGUGACUUGGCACAGGCGGAGGAGGCUUCGAGGAAGGCCCGCUCACUUGUACUCUUCAGCCUGCUCUUCGGGGUCUUUGUGUCUACCAGCUGGGUCAUCUAUGUGGUGGUGGCCCUCUACCUCCCCUGAGUGAGGCCCAGGACUUGCAGGCCAGGUUGUUCCCUUUGUGUGGACCCUGAUGCCCACUGGCGCUAGCUGUUGCUCAUACAGGGCAAAGGGGAGGUGUGCUCAGAAGCCCUGUCCAUGGGUGGUCCACUGAGGCCUUGGGUAGGAUCCUAAUCUGAGGGACACAGGCCUGGAAGUCUUCCUGGGCUGCCUGCCUUCACCUGCCUACUCCUAGAGAACACAGAAGACUAAACUCACCAUCUUCAGAGCCUUCCAGAGGACAUGGCCACCUCCAGCCUAGCUCAGGAUCUGGCUCUUGUCCUACUCGCCCUCCCUGGGAGAGUGGAGAGGAGUGCUACUCUCCCUGGGAGUUCCUGCCUGGUCCUGCACCCUUGCCAUGCUGGGAGAGGUCAGGACUGCUGUGGUCAGUCAACAAGGAGUGACAGAAUUCCCGUCACCACUUCAGAGGACACUGCCACUUUCUGUCUUCCAUUUGUGUGCAGCUGAGGGUACUGCCUGCCCUUCUCCGAGCUGUCUGAGGCCCACACUUACACAGGAUGCCUCAUUCCCCGAGAGCCAUUUUUUUUUAUAAACGUAUUUCCUUACUGCCUCUGGCUUCUGUUGGCUGUUUGAGGCUUUCGGCUUCUGCCUUUCCCUGCCCCAGCUUCCUACUCAUUCCUUUACAGUCAUUGACCCAAGUCAGUCAGCUGAGGGGUUGAAGAUGUUUCAAUUCGUUGAAUGCAUGCACAAAGCCCCUCGUUCCCUCCCCAGCACUACACAAGUGGGGUAUGGUGGUGCACAUCUGUAAUCCC